AUGUCGACCACCACAACCUAUUUUCAGCUCGAAGAGCCGCAAACAAAAACUACAUGCUUCCAUCGCACUGAAGCAUAUAAGCUGUCUCAAGCACCGAGGCAGGAGGAGAAGCUCCCAGUGCCCAAGCCCGUGGAGGUGACACAGCGGGUGCUCCUCCUGAAGGGCGUCAGGGAACAAUACACACUGGUGGAUGACCACGCUAUUCCCUCUAUUUUAAAUCCUGGGGAAAUCCUCGUCAAGGUUCUUGCAAUCGGUCUCAACCCGAUCGACUGGAAAGCACCUGCAUUCAACUUCGGCAUUCCUAGCUUGCCAUGGAUCAACGGGCGUGACUUGGCAGGACUUGUUCUUCAAGUUCCGGACGAAUCAUCCCGUCUUCGCGUGGGCGACAUUGUUUUGGUCCCAUCAACCGACUACAGGGACAUCAGAAAGGCUGCAUUCCAAGAAUACGCUAUUUCCACCGACUUUAACGCUGCACGUAUUCCGUCCUCAAUGUCUAUCAGUGCAUCUGCAUCCCUUGGCGUUGCCUUCGUCGCCUCUGCUCUGGCGUUAGGUGUUUCAUUCGGACUAGACUUCUCUCGUCUUACACGGGCGCCUGGUCCCAAUUUGGCUAAUGUGAUUAACCAACUGGAUAAAAACAGCAUCCCAACGGACAUCCUUGGUGAAUGCUUCGCCUCGGAGGAUCGACCUCAACGGGGCGACUGGAUUGCUAUCUGGGGAGCAUCAACCACCACCGGUCUUGUCACACUACAACUAGCCAAGCUUGCAGGUCUCCGUGUGAUCUGCAUUGCCGAUGCGGCGCGGCAUGGCGCUAAGCUGCUCCAGUCCGGGGCAGAUCUGCUCGUAGAUCGGCACGAUACCGAUCGUGCCAUCGAGAUUAUCCGGGGCGUCACAGGCAGCAAGUUGCGAUACGCAGUUGAUAUUGUUGGAAAGCAGACCGCGACCAUUCUCCAAAGGGCUUUGGAUACAUCUGGCCACGCCCAUCUGCUAGGAUUGACCGGUCUGCCCAAAGAGCGAGAUCCUAGCAUCCGAUACCACACGGUGCCAAUCAAGCUCUUCCAUGAAGCUCCCGCGGUUGGUGAGAGUCUUGUGCGCUGGUUGGAGACGCUGCUGCAUGAUGGUACUAUCAGUCUCCCAGAAGUUGUUCGUGCGGAAGGGGGACUGGAAGGGAUUAAUGCGGCGCUAGAAACAUUGCGGAGUGGAUCGGUUUCGGGGAAAAGAAUCGUGAUAGAUCUCGGCGCUCAGUCAUGA